UGUCGAGAUCACUCUGAUUUCGGUGACGGUAAUUAGCAACACUCUCCGAGUUCUCGAUCGAAAUUGAGAUCCCGGAGACUCAUCUCAUCUCUGAAUCAUACAGAACACAACAAACUCGUGACAGAGAAGGCCAUGGCGGGGUUGCUAGCAUGGGCAGCAGACGUGGUGGGCGGCGGAGGAGGAUCAGGAGGAGAGGAGGAGUCGAUCCCUUUGGUGCUGUCGGAACAGCAGAGCAAGUACGUUCAGGAGCUCGACCACAAAGCAACCUCCCUACGCCGUUCGAUUCAAGAUCUCCGGCAAAGACUGCCGCCUCAGGACAUAUCUCAGAGCCUCCCUCACCUCCACGCUCACUCCCUCGCCUCCAACGCCGCCCUUGCCCUCCAGUUGAACUCCCACUCUGCCACCCGCCAACAGGCCCAACUUAGAGAGGUGACACUAAAGGAAGAAAAUGCUGCUUACGAGAAGGCUAUAUUAAAUUGCGAAAAUAAAAUAAAGGAGAAAAUUCAAGAGGCAGAUUCACUGCGUAUGAAAUUAGAGGAGAUGGAUGAAAUGGAGAAGACACUGAAAGCUGAACUGGAACAUAUGCAAGUGCAGGCUUCGGUUGAUGCCAACAAAUCACGGAGAUCUGAUGGAUUGAAGGAAGAGAUGAAUCCUAAAGCAGACGAUGCAGAUGCAUCAAAAUCAGCUAUACAAGAAAAAUUGGAAAACAAGAAGAAAGAACUGAGUUCAAUGGAGGUUACUGUACAAGAGUUGGAGAAGAAAUGGGCUGAAAUGCAGGAAAAUGCGCUUAAGCAACCUUCCCCAGCUCAAAGAGAGAAGGCUUUGGAUAAGCAGCUUCAUGGUCUAAUAGAGCAACUUGCUGUUAAACAGGCACAAGCUGAGGGCCUGCUUGGUGAAAUUCAUCUGAAAGAGAUGGAGCUGGAAAGAUUAAAUGGACUAUGGCGACAAACUGAGAGCAGCAAUUCAGAGGCUAAUGCUGCCAGGAAUCGUUUUAAUAAAAGCUACUCCGAGAAGGGACAUAGUUUGUCGGAUUACGAUGGUAGCCAGAGGCUUCCUUACCAUUCUGCUGGAAGAACUGAAAGCCUGCAAAGGCUUAUGCUACUCAGGUCGGCAUUUGUGCUUUAUAUUUUUAUUUUACACAUUGUUGUAUUUAUCCGGAUAUCGUUUUGACAAGAGUUAUUAUUACUUUUACACAGCACGAUUGUACCCUUCUUUGUACUCAUCAAAUAUGUUGUCUAUAAAAAAGAAAUGUUGUGCAGAAUUUAA